ACACCAACAUCCGGGUCACUGGGUCAGCUCACCAAAACACGGAAGUGUUGAACAUGAAUGUUUUCGCGGACUGACGAGGAAGAAAAAAGCACAGUUUACAAGAGAAACAACGUAUUUUAUGAAGUUAUUAACAAGUUUACUUUUUAAGCGUCCGGAAAAACCGAGUUCCUGUUUUCUCUGCAGAGCUGCAGGAUGAUGAUGACGACCAUGAUGACGAAGGUGUUUCGACAUCCGGCUCGUCACGGUUACGCCGUGGAGGUGUCGCCCUUCAUGCCCAGCAGAGCGGCCUGCGCUGCGUCCCAGCACUACGGGAUCACGGGUUCUGGAUCGCUGUUGGUUCUGGAUCAGACUGAGGCAGGAGUGACGUUGGUGAGGAGCUGGGACUGGGGGGACGGGCUGUUCGACGUGGCGUGGAGCGAGGCCAACGAGCACGUCUUGGUGGCAGCGGGCGGCGACGGCAGCCUGCAGCUGUGGGACACGACCAAUCAGCUGGCUCCGCUGAGAGUGGCCAAAGAACACCAGCAGGAGGUGUACUCUGUGGACUGGAGCCAGACCAGAGGGGAGAACCUGGUGGUCUCCGGCUCGUGGGACCAAACAGCUAAAGUGUGGGACCAGACCCUCAGCCCCUCGCUGACCACGCUCACGGGUCACCAGGGGGUCAUCUACAGCACCGUCUGGUCUCCUCACAUCCCAGCAUGCUUUGCUUCAGCCUCAGGUGAUGGGACCCUCAGGAUCUGGGACGUGAAGGCUGCAGCGUGCCGAUUGGCCAUCCCUGCGCACAAGGCUGAAAUCCUGAGCUGUGAUUGGUGCAAAUAUGACCAGAACGUCAUGGCCACUGGUUCAGUGGACUGCAGCGUGUGUGUGUGGGACCUGAGGAACGUCCGACAACCUGUCAAUCAACUUUUGGGACACACCUACGCCAUACGCAGAAUCAAGUUCUCUCCUUUCAGUCGGACGGUGUUGGCAUCCUGCUCCUACGACUUCUCUGUCCGGUUCUGGGACUUCAGUAGAAACCAGCCUCUUCUGGACUCUGUGGAGCACCAUACAGAGUUCGUCUGUGGAUUGGACUUUAACCUGCACAUCCCCAACCAGGUGGUGGACUGUUCGUGGGACGAGACAGUGAAGUUCUACUCUCCUGCCUGUCUCUCAGCACCUCAUUGAAAGAGUCUUCAGAUCCAUCAAAAGGACUUCCUAAUGAGUCCAGAACUCACGCUCUGAUUGGCUGAUUGGACCGACAGGAUCCUCACUGAUUGGUUGGAGAACUUUGUUUAGGACCCAUGCAGUUCUUCAGUGUGGACCAGAGUAAACAGAACCCGCCUCUGGUCCAGCUGCAGCAUGGUGGAAACAUCUGGAAGCUUUUAAUGUGAAAAUAUAUUUGCCUUUAAUAAAAAUAUUUUCUGUAAAUAAAGCUGUAAACAUGAAA